GUGGACAACUCGGGCCGCAUAUAUCUGCCAUAUCUGAGCGACUGGAAGGCCAAUACGUCGGACCUCUUGGGAGUGAUUCAAGUGAUGAUCUGUGUGUUCGGCGAAACGCCUCCCGUUUACUCGAAGCCCAGGAAUGCGCCAAAUGUUGGCCAACCAUCGGAGCCCGCGUUGCCAUACAAUACCGGAGUACCCGUUGUCUAUCAUAAUCCAAACUGUUUUCAGCAAAUGCCUCGCGUUGUGAACCCUGCGAUGGGUGCGAACCCAACGCCAUACCCGACUCAAUAUCCGGGGCAAUAUCCUUACCCGAACCCACAGCAGCCCUAUAUCCCGAGCACAGCGGUCUCGUCCGCCAACCCAUACUCCCAACCAUAUCCACCACAACCUGUUUAUACUCAACCAAACACUACACCACAACCGACACCCAAUCUGAGUCCGGGCGGGACCGGCACUAUCACCGAAGAGCACAUCAGGGCUUCGCUUAUCAGUUGCGUUGAAGACAAAGUGAAACAGAGAUAUCGGGAAAAAGAGGCACAAUUUCACGCAGAAAUGGAAGUCUUAAAGAAAACGAGCGAAGAUCUAAAUAAAGGGAAACAAAAAUUAGAGGAUAUUAUGAGACGAAUGGAAGACGAAAUGAUCGAAAUAAAUGACUCGAAACAAGAAUUGAGUGCUAAAAGCGCUCAACUCUCAGAAGUGAUCAGUAAAUGCGAUGACAAAGAAAAAACUGUAGACAUCGAUGAAGUGUUUGGUCCGACACAACCUCUUUAUAAACAAUUGUUGAACUCUUUCGCCGAAGAGAACGCUAUCGUCGACGCCAUCUAUUACUUGAGCGAAGCCCUCCGUAAAGGUGUCAUUGAUUUAGAAUUGUUUUUAAAGAGUUACAACAGGUUAUAA